AUGGAUCCAAUGUUAAUUCGUUUCGGGUGGGCUGUUCAUCUUAUUUUGUGCUAUUAUGUUAUUCGACCACUUCGAUAUGGUUCACAUCGAGCUCUCUUCACAAUGAUCCCAUGUUCUAUAUUACUAUUCGCUGGUUGUCAAAAUCUACCACACGUACAAAUGUCAUCAGUGAUGACUGUUUCGCUAUACUGGAUGAUAUCAAUUCGUCUGUUUCAUUUAAUUGUCUUGUCGCCAAAUGAAUCAUGUUCAUUUCCAGCAUACAUUUGUAAAUUCCUUUGGUUUUUACUUCCUGUCACACGUUGCCAGUCAAAAACACCCUUGAGCUUUUAUCUCGCCAGUGCAAGCAUAAAACUUCUGAUUAAUCAAUGGAUUUUUCAAUGGCUACGCGUUUGUCCACCAAACGAUAGUUAUGGUAGACUUGCAAUGUUCUAUAUUUCAAUCUGUUCGGGAACUUUUUUCUAUGACUUACAAGCCGUUGUCGUACGAUUAGUCACACGUCAUCAAUAUACUGUAUUAGAUUUUAAUGAUUAUCCGUUUCUAUCGAAAUCUCUACGUGAGUUUUGGGGCCGUCGUUACAAUCGCCUUGUUGGUACACUACUCAAAGAAUCACUAUUUGAUCCGAUUCGCCGUUUGUUCAAGUCAUCAGCUAUGUUUGCUGCUUUAGCAUGUUUUGUAGUCAGUGGUUUCCUACACGCACAUGUGGCAACAGCAGCAUUCGGAGCAUCAUCUCCAUUACCUGCGUUUACGUUCUUCGUUUUACAAGGAAUUGCCUGUUGCAUUGUAGCUCAGUGUCCAUUUACUGUUCCGAAAAUAUUCGGAAUAGCCUUGACACAUACGUUUCUUCUUCUCACAGCACCGCUUUACAUUGGAUUAUUCACUCGUGCUGAUCCUCUCUUCUAUAAAGCCAAUAAACCACCAUUAUUGGAUGCUACUUGGCUGCCUAAACUACCUGUGCCAAACGUUUGUCCACAAUAG